GCAUUGCAUUGCAUUCUCUCUCUCGUCGCUUUGGGACUGAAGUAAUUUGUUUCCUUUAAAAACGACAUACGACACAACGCUAAACGACCGUCCCGAACGAAGAAGAUGAUCUCGUGUUCCUCUUUCUCAGGCGCAUCCACCAAAGCCCUACGGACCUCUUCGUCCUCGUUCUGCUUCGUCCAUCGAAGCCCUACAAGUUUCGUUAGGGUUUGGAGAACCGUCAGAGCCUGCUCGGGUCCUGCCGUAGCCCCUGGUUCCGGCCAAUUUCCGGAAGUUCGAACCAGUUACGCCGGAGUAUUGUUGAACGAAACUGUCGAUAUCAAAUCCGGCAAGCUGAGGCUCGAUUCUUGGAUUUCGUCUCGCAUCGCCGGCGUCAGCAGAGCUCGCGUGCAGUCCAGCAUUCGCACUGGAUUAGUAACCGUUAAUGGCCGAGUAAUCGAUAAGGUUUCACACAUGAUCAAAGAUGGGGAUAAAGUUAAGUGCACUAUAUCGGAGUUGCAACCUUUAAAGGCUGAACCGGAAGAUAUUCCAUUGGAUAUCAUUUAUGAAGAUGAUAAUGUUCUUGUUGUUAACAAAGCGGCACACAUGGUUGUUCAUCCAGCUCCUGGCAAUGCAACUGGAACACUUGUCAAUGGCAUUCUUCACCAUUGCAGUCUUUCUACAUGUGCAUUUCCGAACCAGCAAGUACUUUCUGAGAUGGAUGAUCUUUCUGAUGAAGAGUUCAAUUCUUCUGUUCCUAGUCCAAGUUGCAAUGAAGAUUCAAGCUCCGGCAUAUUUUCAGCAUCUGUUCGCCCCGGAAUUGUUCACAGAUUAGAUAAAGGCACCAGUGGGUUGCUUGUGGUAGCAAAGGAUGAGCAUGCUCAUGCAUACUUAUCCGAGCAAUUCAAGCAACGCACAAUCCACAGGAGAUACAUCAGUCUUACAUGUGGGGUGCCCUCCCCAAUUUCAGGACGUGUUGAUAUUCCGAUAGGUCGAGAUCUGAACAACAGAACUCGUAUGACUGCUGUUCCUGGUCCUGCUAAAUUUAGACUGACACGCCAUGCUGCCAGUAGGUACAAAGUAAUAGAAAUUCUUGCUGGUGGCGGUUCUGCUCUUGUAGAAUGGCAAUUAGAGACCGGGCGCACCCAUCAGAUCCGCGCACAUGCAAAGUACUUGGGAAUUCCUCUAUUGGGGGAUGAGGUGUAUGGAGGCACUAAAAAUAUGGCAAUGUCAGUCCUAUGUCCUAGGACCCCAUCUAAUUUCCAUGGGAAACUGAAGCAACUGGUAUCUGGAUUGGAGAGGCCUUGCCUUCAUGCUAUGGCCCUUGGGUUUAAGCAUCCAUGUACCAAGGAGAACAUCAAGUUUUCUUGCCCUCCACCUGCCGAUUUUAUUGAGAUUUUAAGCCUGCUCCGUGAAAUUAGCACAGUGAAGGUUCACCAAGUAUAUACUUAGAAACAUCAAGAGGGGAGCCGUGCAAUUUUACUUCAGAGCUUUAACAGGUGAUCUGAUGGCCUUUCCGUGGAUGCUAGCCUAGCAGAGAGAGGAAAAGCUCAACCAUGCUUUAAAGUGAAUCGAAGAGGGUUUCUGCGUAAACGGUUGUUACUUUUGUGAAAUUAAACUCAUUCCGAGGACCUGACAUCAUUCUGCAAGGAUAGGCUUGAUCACUCAGUUGUCAGUGCCUCAUGCUCGCGUGUUGCUGCUGCUGCUGUUGCCACAUUCCAUGGCCAUCAUUUCUAGUGUACUGUAGAGGAGUAGAAGUAAAUUUCAGUUGUCUGGUGAAGUCUAUUAUUAUGUUUUGAUGUUAGUGUAGCCCGUAUGAUUAACUGAAAUAAGUUGAUAAAUGCAAAUGUUUCUGUGAUUUAUUACAGAAUAUUUUGGUCAAUAAUUGAUUAUACAGUUACAAACUUGUGCUGA